GUCUGGGAUCAGUCAGUUUCCUCGGAGUGACCGCGAUAGUUGUUCCGAAGUUCUAAGUUCUGAGCAAGAUUUUUUCGAUUCAAAUUUUCGUCAUUAUGCGCAGGAGCUCCAUGUUUCUGUGCUUGCUCCUGGGAGCGAUAAUGCUCUCAAUGGAGUCUGCUCGAGCGUCUCCAGUGGACGCAAGGGUCCGCGCCCAGCUCGAGGCAAAGGUGAUAUCUUCCAUGUCUCUCAAAGAUCUGGAGAGACUUGUUGAGAACGAUGAGCGAGUGAGGAACGCCCCCAAGAAAUCAAAAAUCAUCCUCAUGCCCAAGGGCAGUGAUGAUCCUGAGGCUGAUGCUAUUGUUAUUCAGAGGAAGCCAAAGAAGUACUUAAAACCAGCUGAACCGGAACUUAGAAUAGAAAGCAGUGCUGAAUUCGAAGAUCGCAGCUUCAGAAGACCAUUGAUCCAAUCAAGGUAUGGAUUUGAUGGAGAGUCUGAAAGCACCAGAAGAUCUUCAUUUGAACCUGAGUUUUACUUGGGAGGCUUUGAAUCAUCAGCAACUCAGUUUGAGCCAUCCUGGUUUCAAAUUCCUGACCUUGAAUCAGCUGGAUCCGAACCCGUCCAGAAAUUCUAUGAAUCUCUGGUAGCUAGCGUAAUGAGUCCUCAUGGAAGUGAAACUUUUGCAAGGGAUCCAUUAGCCAUUUUGGAGGCCGUGGCCAGUGAAGAUGUUCCCGCUUACAGACCUCGAUUUGAUUAUGACUCCUAUUCGAAAGAUCCAACUGAAGUAAAGAUGAGAGGUAAAACUUACUGGAAAGAUGCCCCUGAGCGUAGAGAAGAGAAAAUUGAUGAGAACGGAUGCCGAACUGUGGUGAAGAAAAUCAUGGAUCCUGAGGAUGAGAAAAAGUCUCAUAACGGAAAGCCUAAAGGUGUGAUGAUAACCAAAGAAUGUGAAUAUCCUAACAUCGAAGGACCAGAUGCAAAGAUUCCCGAAAUACGGCCAGUUUUCCGACCAGAUACGUCUCGCGUAGAUUCAUCAGCAAGUUUUGAAAAAUAUGACACCGAACCAGAAACAUACAAGAGCAGCCGCCCAGUUGAGCUCGAGUUUAGGAAACCAGAAGCUAAAGAUCCUUUAGCACCUGAUUACAUAGACCGAAUGCUAGAAUCACAUUUCAAGAGCUUCCCAAGUUUCAGCAAUCCUUUGACAUCUUUCAGAGGCUAUCAAGAAAGAUUCAAUCUCCGCAAGCCUGAAGCUUUCAAGGACAUCAAGCCUAAAGUUGGUAUCCAGUCUUAUGAAUACAGUCACCCUGAAUCUGGUUUCGAUGAAGAUGAACCCAGAGCUCCCGUCGAAGACACUAAACGAGAUUCACCAAAGGUGAUCGAGCACCAUUACCAUUACGAUUACCCAGAAAGUGUUCCCAGAAAAGCUGAUCCAGAAAACUACGCCAUAAAAGAAAAAGAUGUGAAGAAGGACACUAAGUCUUCAGAGGGUAAGGAACCUAAGAUGAUGAAGAAGAGUUUCGCCUAUUACCGUAAGGAUAACCCGAAGGAGGAUCCUAAUGACCAUCAAUAUGCUGAAGAGUAUGCUCAGGGGAACUUCCGAAGCUUCUCCUCUGAUUACGACAGUGAAAGGGAUGGCCCGAAGAAAUCUUAAAUCAAAUUUUGCUAUUCCUGUUCUUUCUGAGUGACUUUGGUAGCUAAACUUUUCUUUGAUAUGAUUUUAAAUUGUAUCGCAUUUUGACAGAAACUUGCGCACGUUUUCUGAAGUAAGAGCUGAACUUUCUAAUUUGCUGCAAUGUUCUUUUUGAUGAAAUUAUUCUUGAAUAUUGACAGAAAUCGUGUGCGUUGCUACAACAGCAUCCUAUACGACUUGAAUUGAACUGAAGGAUUUUUACCAGACCUAAACUAAAUUUUAAAUGUUUCGAUUAAAAAAAAUAUUACAUUUUAACUGCUUCUGAAGUUUUUAUAAGUACAUGUUCAAAAUGCCACAUGAAAUGUAAUAAAUCACUCAACUAAAUGUAUCUUUAUUUUUUUGUUUUUGUUUUAGUAAUUAAAUUUUUGUAAAAAAAAUAAUAUAUCACUUUGUAAAAAGUGGAUUUUCUUCCCCUAUUUUAAAUAAUAGAAAAUGCUUUAAAAAUAUGGCAUAAAAUGAUAUAGUUACGUCAAUAUCAGUUUGCUUCUUACAUGAUGUGUUAUGAUAUGUAUUUCUGUCUUAUGCUUAUACAAUGUGACCAAUCAUUACACACACAUUAUUAUUUAUAUUGACACUUUUUCACUUUUUAUAUGUUGUGUAUGUUAUCAAA